GGUUCUUCAGAAAACGCAAAUACAAAUCAUUCUUCUCCUUCUUUUCCUCUUACCUUCAUUCAACAAUUCCGUUUUCUCCGGCGAAUUCCUCCGCAUUCCGAUCGAAACUCGCCGGCAAAAUUUACGUCUCUCCAGCACCGUGAGGAAUUCUCUGUGAGUCCAUCGAUCUCCACCGCUUAUCCGCCAUGACGCCUGAAUAUGAUUAUUUGUUUAAGCUCCUGCUUAUUGGAGAUUCUGGUGUUGGAAAAUCAUGUCUCCUUCUGAGGUUUGCAGACGAUUCAUAUCUGGAUAGCUACAUUAGCACCAUCGGGGUUGACUUUAAAAUCCGCACAGUGGAGCUCGAUGGGAAGACUAUAAAGCUCCAAAUAUGGGAUACUGCUGGCCAAGAACGUUUUAGAACAAUAACGAGCAGCUACUACCGCGGUGCUCAUGGCAUUAUUGUUGUUUAUGAUGUCACAGACCAAGACAGUUUCAAUAAUGUCAAGCAGUGGUUAAAUGAAAUUGAUCGUUAUGCAAGUGAAAACGUGAAUAAGCUUCUUGUGGGCAACAAGUCUGACCUGACGGCGAACAAAGUCGUGUCCUAUGAGACAGCAAAGGCGUUUGCGGAUGAAAUUGGGAUUCCCUUUAUGGAAACAAGUGCUAAAAGUGCCAUGAACGUUGAACAGGCUUUCAUGGCCAUGGCUGCUGAAAUCAAGAAUAGGAUGGCAACUCAACCGAUGAACAAUGCGCGGCCGCCAACUGUGCAAAUUCGAGGACAGCCUGUGAACCAAAAGUCUGGUUGUUGCUCAUCUUAGAUCUCUAUGAUUAGCACUGUACUGGUAUGGUCUGAUUGGUCCUUCACAUGUAAAACUCUUUUCUUCUAAAGCUUUGUUUUGUUUUGUGUCCUUCUCUCCACCAUUCACUUUGUUGGUCAGCACUUUGUUUAAAAUUCCCAUUCUUUUCCAUGUAUUUGAUUCUGAUAACACGAAGGAAAAAAAACCAUCUGUACAAAUUAGGAAAAAAAUAUUAUUUGGUGAAUAGCACUAUUUGCUCUUUUAUCUUCCAAUUCCUUCAUGUCAUUCCGCCUGGUGGAAUUCAUCAAGAUCUAAACAUUACCUAAUUUUAAUGUUAUACGUGGGGUAUAGCCUCUAUGCCUUUCAAGGGAAA